AGAAAGACAAAAGGAAAGACUUCCAUAUGUACUAACAAAGAAAAUGCGUUUACACAGAUUUCUAAGUGUAUUAAACCAGGAAAAUUAGAUCAAGGAUCAACAUAUGGCCGAAUGUUAGAAAGAGAUACAAAGCCCAAUUUGGAAAAUGGUAAUUACUAUCAAGAACCUGCACCACCACUUUUGGUGUUUCUUGAUUUUAUUCACCGUGUUUUCAAUUUGCACCACUGCCAUUGAUCUGAUUACUCCGACCCAGCUUCUCGCCGGAGAUGAAAUAUUAGUUUCUAUAGGGGAAGAAUUUGAAUUGGGCUUCUUUAGUCCUGGAGAAUCAAAGAACUGGUACAUCGGAAUCUGGUACAAGAAUAUUGAAGAAAAAACUGUUGUUUGGGUCGCAAAUAGAGAUUCACCUGUAAGAAACUCUUCAGGGGUGUUGAAAAUUGGGGAAGAUGGAAAUCUUGUUCUUUCGGAUGAAAAUGGAAAAUCUGUAUGGUCAACAAAUCAUUCCAGGGCAGAAAAUACUGUAGCAGAAUUGCUGGAAACUGGAAAUUUCAUUCUCCGGCAGGAAAGCGAUCCCGACCCGAAAAAUUAUUUAUGGCAAAGCUUUGAUUAUCCUACAGACACAUUGCUGCCGGGGAUGAAAUUUGGAUGGGAUUUAAGAACAGGCCUUAACAGAUAUUUAACAUCUUGGAAAACCGUUGAUGAUCCAGGUACUGGUGACUUCAGUUUCAAGCUCAACACCAGUGGUUUCCCAGAAUGUUUUUUGACGAAGAAACAGUCUAUUAUUUACCGGAGUGGUCCCUGGAAUGGCCUGAGAUUUAGCGGCGUUCCAGAAAUGAAGGCUUCUCCGAUUUUUACAUUUGAUUUUGUGAUAGAUCAAAAUGAGGUGUACUAUGGAUUUGAAUUGCACAACAAGUCUGUUUAUUCAAGAUUAGUUGUUAAAAAUUCAGAUUCUAGUGCACUCCGACGAUUUACAUGGAUUCCGACAAGCAAAAUCUGGAAUUCGUUCUGGUAUGCUCCGAGAGAUCAAUGUGAUGACUAUAGAGAAUGUGGGGCGUAUGGCAUAUGUGAUACAAAUGAUUCGCCGGUAUGCAGGUGUAUGAAGGGGUUCGUGCCUAGGAAUCCACAGGCCUGGAAUUUGAGGGAUGGUUCCGAUGGAUGUAUUCGGACAAGUAUAUUGGAUUGUUCGAGUGAUGGGUUUUUGACGUUGAAAAAUAUGAAAUUGCCGCAAAGUUCGAGUGCAUUUGUUGACACGAGAAUGAGUCUAGAUCAGUGCCAAGAUUUGUGUCGGAAAAAUUGUUCGUGCCAGGCUUACUGCAGCGCUAAUAUUACCGAUGGUGGCUCGGGAUGUGUACUUUGGACGACGGAUCUUCUCGAUAUGAGGCAAUAUGCAGCGGCGGAGGGUGGCCAAGAUCUUCACGUUAGGGUAGCGGCUUCUGAUUUAGAAGGAGCAGGAGUAGGAGCAGGAGCAGGAGCAGGAGCAGGAUCAUCAGGAAAUGAUUCCAAUAAGACACAAAAAAUUAUCAUGGUUGCUGGCAUUACGGUUGGCAUUGGCGUCGUUCUGGCUGGAUUCUGCAUUUUCUUCAUCUGGAAGAGGAAGAAAUCCCGUACUGAGUUAGGGAAUAGGACGGAGUUUAGAGGUUCAAGGGAAAGAAGUCAAGAUUUUCUGAUGAAUGCACCGUCUAUUCUCAGCAAAAGAGACCAUUCAGGUGAAAGUACAGUGGACGAAGUGGAUUUACCGUUAUAUGAUUUCAGUACCAUAGUAAUGGCUACUGAUAAAUUUUCCGAUGCUAAUAAGCUUGGACAAGGUGGUUUUGGUUGUGUUUAUAAGGGUAUAUUGGUGGAAGGCCAGGAAAUAGCAGUGAAGAGGCUUUCGAAAAAUUCUGGCCAAGGAAUAGAGGAAUUUAAAAAUGAGAUGAAGUUGAUUGCAAGACUUCAGCACAGAAAUCUUGUUCGUUUGCUCGGUUGCUGCAUUGAUAUGGAGGAGAAGAUGCUGGUAUACGAGUACAUGGAAAACAAAAGCCUGGAUUCGAUUUUAUUCAAGAAAGAGAAAAGUUCAUUGCUCGACUGGAAAAGGAGGUUCAACAUCAUAUGUGGGAUUGCACGAGGGCUUCUCUAUCUUCAUCAAGAUUCAAGAUUUAGAAUUAUCCAUAGAGAUCUCAAAGCGAGCAACAUUCUUUUGGAUAAAGAGAUGAACCCUAAAAUAUCAGAUUUUGGCAUGGCAAGAAUUUUUGGAGGAGAUCAGACCGAAGCGAAUACAAAAAGAGUAGUCGGAACAUAUGGUUACAUGUCACCUGAAUAUGCAAUGGAUGGCCUAUUCUCUAUGAAAUCCGAUGUAUUCAGUUUCGGAGUUCUAGUGGUAGAAAUAGUAACUGGCAAGAAGAACAGAGGAUUUUAUCAUACAAAUAACCAACUUAAUCUUCUUGCGCAUGCAUGGAGGCUAUGGAGAGAAGGAAGAGGUAUGGAACUAAUGGAUUCAGCAGCUGGUGAAUCAUAUUCCCCAAGUGAGGUAUUGAGGUGCAUACAAGUCGGCCUCUUGUGCGUGCAGGAACAAGCCGAAGAUAGACCUAACAUGGACACUGUAGUCCUGAUGUUAAGCAGUGAUACUGCAUCAAUGUCCCAACCUAAGAACCCGGGAUUUUGCAUGGGAAGAAGACCUGCUGAUACAGAAUCAUCAUCAAGUAAACAGGAUGAAUCCUGCACUGUGAAUCAAGUUACUGUUACCAUUCUAGAUGGUCGAUAGCCGAAGAAAUCUUUGUUUAUAUCCUUUUUGCCUUUAUGAUUUAAAACCACAAACUUCGUAGGUAUUUUUCCUUGGUAUAGUUAUAGAAGUGGGAAUGUAUGGGAUUGCAAGUGUAUCAUUUACCUAGUUCUUUGCUUCUCUUUCUUUUUGAAUUGACUGUAAAUUGAAUUGUUUUGUUGAAACAUUUCUUCAGAAAAGAGAUGUGUUCAUAUUUUGUAAAACAAUUCAUUUUAUUUUUCUUUAUUUUAUUCGUCAGAAUA